CAAACAGUGUCGUGUUCUUUCAGGCGUAUAAAACAGAGCAGACUGUGAGUCGAAGGCUAUUGUGUGUGCGUGUUUGUUUAAAGCAUUAAGUAGCUCAAGGUAAACAUGGUACAACUGUCUAAAGCUGGGAUGAGGAACACUGUAUCGUUGAAAGCUGGUCAUCCUCCUGCAGUAAAAGCAGGAGGUAAACGAGUUGUUAAGAAAAACAGUGAGGAUAAUGGAACCCUUGAGAAGGAAAGCAAGCGGGUGGAUAAACCCAGGUCUUUGACCACCUUCUCCCGGAUGCAGCAAAUGGGUAUUCUCAUGGCAGGCCCCCUAGAAAAGUUGGGCCAUGAUUUCCCAGAGACUCCGGUUUCAGUGCGGCAUGGGAAGCUAAGACCCAGCAUCGAAAAACUGCACAUGCAGCGCUGCUUCUUCAUUCAGCAGCCCCGCAAGUUUUGAGCCGAUUUAGCUAACAGCUGAAGAACCAGGAUGUUUAUAGGUGUGUGUGCAUGCAAAGUGAACAGGAAGUGUGUGUGCUUGAGCUAAAUGGUGCAUAUUAAGGUGCCUUAUGCACAUUUCAUAUUUGAAAUCCUUGCUUGAUGACUUCUAAGCUUUUUAAGCUUCCCCCAACUUUGCUGGACUCCUGUCUAAAUUCUAUUUGUGUAAUGCAUUCAAGCUGUUUUAUAUGGGCAUAAAACACAGCUGGUAGUCUGAUUUUCUUGCAGAAAAGAAUGCAUGAGCUCAUGUUAACUCCUUGAAUAAAAAUGUAUUGCAUUA